GUAGAGUUCUUAAAAAUCAUCUUCAUUAAUAUAGAUAUGAUAAUGAAGUGGACAUUGUGUCUGAUCGCUGUCGCAUUCUCUGUAGCCUUUGCUGAAGUCGGGGUAACAUUAAAACGCCAUUCAUGCAGACGUGACGACUAUCUCUUUUGGGGUGGGGAAAGGGAUAACUUCUUUACGAAGUGCGCAAAGGGUGAAAUGGUAGUAGUGACAAAUGCUGUGUUAUAUCCAGUUGAACAUAACCUCACAUGCGUUAUGAAUAAUUCUGAAUGUCGUCACAACUUUACCCAAUCAGCUUUUGACACUUGCGUCAACACGGAAGUCUGCCUUCCGAUGGUGAAUUACAUUGAGUCGAAAAGGUCCUGCUGCAAAAACUUAUUAUGUCACGAAAUCGAGUAUGAGUGCGUACCAGGUUCAUGUAAAUUGCCCUCGUCACCCGCUAAUGGCCAGAUUUAUGUCUCUGAAGAUUCGGGCAUCUGGAACGGAUCUGUAUCUUAUUCAUGCAACAGGGACUUUACAUUAGCAGGAGAACAAACGAGGACUUGUAUCAGAAAAGAAUUCAAAAAUGGUCCAUGGUCAUCGGCAGUGGAAUACAGGUAUACAUGGUCGGGAAACCAACCAGUGUGUGACGUCGAUGAAACAUUGUGUCCAUCGACUGCAUUUAAAAAGGAGACACUUGGUCUUAUGUGCUAUGAAUUCCACGACGACCAGCGGACAACGUUCCAAAAUGCUAAAGAGGCUUGUGAGAGUAGGAGAUGGAAACUGGCAACGGUAAUCAAUGAAGAAACUCUUCGUCUCAUACGGCAUCACAUG